CAGGAAAAAACAUCAAUGGGAGAAGGAAACCAAACUUCUCUGGCUGAAUUUAUCUUGCUGGGACUUUCACAGGAUCCAAAGAUCCAGGUCUUGCUGUUCUGUGUUUUCCUGAUUGUUUACCUUCUCUCUAUAUGUGGAAACCUACUCAUAAUAACCCUUAUCCAGACUGACUCUCGACUUCACACUCCCAUGUACUUUUUCCUCAAAAACUUGUCCUUUGCUGACCUCUGUUUCUCUACAAGCAUUGUUCCUAAUAUGUUGGUCCACUUCCUUGUAAAAAGGAAAACCAUUUCCUUUGCUGGAUGCUCACUACAGAUAGUCGUCUUCCUCCUAGCAGGGUGUACAGAGUGCGCACUGCUGGCGGUGAUGUCCUAUGACCGCUACGUGGCCGUCUGCAAGCCGCUGCACUACUCCACCAUCAUGACCCACAGGGUUUGUGUCCAGCUGGCCAUAGUGUCCUGGAUCAGUGGGGCGUUUGUAUGUUCAGUGGACAGUGUGUUCACACUGUGUCUCCCCUACCAGGGACAGAAUGUAAUUAAUCAUUAUUUUUGUGAACCCCCUGCACUCUUGAAGCUGGCUUCAGCAGACACCUACAAUGCUGAGAUGGCCCUCUUUUCAAUGGGUGUGAUUAUCCUCUUAGCACCUGUCUCCCUCAUCCUCGUCUCCUACUGGUAUAUCAUCUCCACUGUGAUUCGGAUGCAGUCAGAAGAGGGGAGGCUCAAGGUUUUCUCCACCUGUGGUUCCCAUCUCACUGUUGUGGUUCUCUACUAUGGCUCUGGAAUAUUUGCCUACAUGAGACCCAAUUCCAAGGCAAUGAAUGAAAAGGAUAAGGUCAUCUCUGUGUUCUACUCAGUGAUGACUUCCAUGUUGAACCCCAUCAUUUACAGCCUGAGGAACAAGGAUGUGAAGGGGGCUCUCAGGAAGCUGGCUGGAAGAUAA